AUGAAAUGUUCGGCUCAAAAUAAUGUGGGUAUAAGGCCAAAGCAAGCUGAAGUAAUCCCUGUUGAGGUCGAACGUGGCCUUUGGGAGCAGGGUUUUUUGGCCAUUAACGAUCCGGAAUCCUUACUACGGACAGUGUUUUACUUAAUUGGUCUUAAUUUUGGCUUGCGGGCAGGUUCUGAACAUAGGCUUUUGAGCAUGAGUAGUUUUUCAUUUCACAGUGAUAACAGAGGAAAGGAAUAUUUGCUUUACAGCGAGGGUGUAUCUAAAACGUUUCAAGGAGGGUUAAAACAUAGAAAAGUAGCUCCACGAACGGGCAAGGCAUAUGCCAAUGUUGAAUGUGCGGAUAAAUGCAUUGUAAAUAUUGUUAAGCACUACAUUUCGAGAUGCCCUAAAGAGGGUUUGAGAAAAGCGUUUUGUUUGAAACCCUUGCAAAACUAUGAAAGGAAGCAAAUAUGGUUUUCCAGUGUCCCAAUAGGCCACAAUAAGUUACAAGGUAUGGUUAAGUGUAUAAUGGAAAAAGCGGGUGUAAAUGGGCACUUUACUAAUCAUUCAUUGCGGGCCACAGCCGUGUCGAGGUUAUUUCGUGAAGGCGUUGAUGAUAAGCUGAUAAAGGGGGUUACUGGGCAUCGUUCCGAGGCUCUCGAUUGUUAUAAGCGAGGAGCAGCAUGCAAAUGUCUCGAAAAUCGUGCAAGGUAUCGCGUCAGAGAAGGGUGCAACGGCGGAAAGUAG